GGAUUCGAUGUACGCAUGCGCAAACUGAACACGAGCCAUAUACCAUCUGCUCCUGGCCGGGGUACAGGGACAAGCCUGAACGGACUAGUUUACCGCGUUCAGUUUGAAACGAAGUGUUCAAGCAAGACAACAAUCAUGUGUUUGUUCCUUAAAAUAACUGUUGCUAUAUGCAUGUUCACGGGUCUUGUCGAGGCUGAGACAGCCCUCGAUACAGACGAUUUGAGAACUAUAAAAAACCAACUGAACUUGCUGAUGGAAAAAAGACAACAGGAUUACCAGCAGUUGGAAAAAUCACUCUACGAAUCUCUGAAAGGAAGCACAGAUCUCGAUGCGUUGAAAGAAGAAAUUCAAUUAAUCAGGGAUGAACAUUCUAGGAUGGCCCAAUCUAGCAAUGAUGGGAUCCGCGAUAAAGUAGCUGUAGGAUGGUUAAAGGAAGUGAUCGGUGGUUUGAGAUCAGAAAUGCAAGCAGUGUGGUCGGCCAUCAAUGAAACAGCACAGAUUCACAAGACUGUGGCCAUACAAAACGAUCUACAAGCACUAAGGAAUGACUUGGAUUCCGACCGAAAAGACUUACAAACAAUGCAAGGAGAAUUAUUGUCAGUUAAGAAGAAUGUCGAAGAAAUAUCAAAUAAACAUUCCGAAUUGGAGAAAAAGAUUAACAUCAUAGCUAAACAUAAAAACAUAAUCGAUGAAAAAAACAACGAAAACGACGUACAAACAGCAUACAACAACGUUUAUAAACGAGUGGCUUUUGACUCUAACGACAACAACAUUAACGCUGAGCGUCUAAAGACGAACGUAAUCACCACCGUGGUGACGGAUCGGGAAGCGCAAGAACUGGAGCAGCUAGAGUCGUCGCGCAAGUAUCUGGUUCACCGAAUGGCCCGUCUGGAGAAACGCAUGAAGGGCGUGCUGUAUAGGGAGAGCGCAGCUGUGGAACGGGAAAAUCGGCUUUCCCGGUUAGAGGCCGAUCUGAACGCCACCAAAGAAGCGUUGGCAUUUAAUGCUACACGCCAGGAUGCCACACAGGACCGGCUACACGGAUCUUUGCUGGAGCUGCUGGAGAGCGUGGAAAACCUCGACGAUCGAGUGGACGCGUGUUUGCCGGAAGUCCGCAAGGAAAUAUCGAAAAUCGAAUUCACCGUGGCUCGGAUAAACGCGUCUGUAGCCAUCAUUAAGGAAGAUCAAAACAAUCAAAUGUUGACCACAAAGGCUCUCGGUGAAGGGAUGUCAGCCAUACAAAGAAAAAUUACUAAGCACGACAAUGAAAAAUCAACCGGAAAAACAGUUGCCAUCCAUCAUAUAAUGAAAGAAAAUUGCACGGAAUGCACAUAUGUAAUCGACGAAUUGGCCACAUUGCAAAAUUCAUUCGAAAGAAUUGUCGACGGACUUCCUAAAGAUUGUUCUAAAAUGAAAUCCUCGGGAACGUACUUGAUAGCACCUGAUGGAAAAAACCCCUUGCUUGUUCAAUGCGAUAUAUCAGAUGGUAUGUCCUGGAUCACGAUACAAAAAAGGACCAAUGAUCGUCUCAAAUUCAAUAAUAAUUGGAACGAAUAUGCCAAAGGAUUUGGAAAUUUAUAUGGCGAUUUUUGGUUGGGCAACGACGCCAUCCACCGGCUAACAGCGGAUAACGGGUCUUCACUGCGCGUCCAGAUAACCGACAUAUACGGCAACGGUUGGAGGGCGGAUUACGCAAAUUUUGCAGUGUCGAACGCCACCGACGGUUACCGGCUGGAUAUUUCCGGUUAUCGCGGAAACGCCACGGACGCCCUGUCCUUCCAAAACGGCCACCGGUUCAGCACGGCGGACCGCGACCAAGACGACAGCGCUGCAAACUGCGCGGCUAACUACGAGGGCGGCUGGUGGUAUUCGCGGUGCCAACACGCCAACCUCAACGGCAAGUACAACUUUGGGCUGACGUGGUUCGACACCAGCCGCAAUCAAUGGAUGGCGAUCGCCGAGAGCGAGAUGAGAAUUGGACGUCCGGUGUCCGCUCAAUAACAUGUCAUUGUAGAUCACCUAUAUUAUUAUAAUAUGUACAAUAUCAUGUAUUAUAAAUACUCGCGUCCAAACGACGUUCAACCCACACGUGUGCUAGUCAAGUGAAGACAAUGUUGAGUUUAUAUUAUUAUUUAUAUAUCUGCAUAAUAUUGUCAGUUUCAUUUUUAUUCUAUUUUUCUAUUUAUAUUUUGAACUGAUUAGGUAAUAGAGUUUUGAUAGUUUUUGAUUGACAUCAUUCGACUUACAUUUUUUUCAAUCUAUUUUGAUGUUAAAUGUUAAUAAUUAUCACUAUAUAGUCUGUAAGAAUAACAAAUACACCUUUACAUUUAAGGUGAAUUUUAAUAUAAAUUGUACAUACAUGUAUAAUUUAAACAAACAUUUUUUUUUGUUAAAUAUUGAUCUCGAAACAUGAUCAAUAAUUAUUUAAGUACUUAAUAAUAUUAUUUAUAGUUACUGACUAUGUUUUUUUUCUAUUAUUAUACGUGUAUUGAAUCACUGCACAUAAUUUUUAUGUAUUAAACAAAAAGCACAUUUUUUAAUUUUAAAAGCACAGAUACAAAUAAAAGUACAAAAAUAUAAUGCAUACUUAUGCUUAAUACAACAAUACAUAAAUAGUUCCAUAAAUAUCUUAAUUUAUAAUGUUCAUGAAGUAUUGUAAUUUGUAAACAACAUAAUGUUUAUUUUUGUAAUGCCAACAAUAAUAAAAUGUAUAAAUAAUAUUUGAUUAUGUACUAUUUUAAUAAUAAUUUAUCGUACAUUUCUUUACACACAACCGAUAUUUAGCUAUUUUAGCUUAAACCUUCCAUUAAAUUAAAAAUAAUAAUUUAAACAAUCAUAAAUAUAAGUAUAUAUAUGUACACAAUUUAAUAUAUCUAUAUAUUUUGUUAAGUUCAUGUUAAUAAAUAAUGAAUAAAACAAACUAAAUGUUUUCAAAAUUAAUUUGCAAUAACAAUCAAAUUAAAAUUUAAGUGAGUGUGAUUUUAAAUACUAAAUAAACAAAUAAUAAAUACAAUUGCGGUAUAUAUCACAGUUAUUUAAACAAUCAAGUCGGUGAAUAUUAAACAAUGUUGAAUUUUUAAGAUUGGAAAUGUAUUCAAUUUAAAAAAAAAAGU